UUGGCCGGACAGGCGCCAUUGUUGAGGAGUUUACAGAGAUGUGGUGAUGUAAGUUAUUGAAUAAAAUUAGUUUAUCAAAACACCUUAUAUUGUGCCAGAGGACAGACCAAAUAAGCCGAGACGUGGAUUAACAGUUGCACAACACAGUAGAAAUGGCACAGCGUGUUGCUGUGAACGAUGGUGCUCCUGGAUCCAAACGGACCUCUCGGGUUCGUGUGGCGGUUCGGCUCAGGCCCUACAUGGACAAGCAGGAUGAGAAGGGAGAGGGCCCCUGUGUCAGGGGUCUGGGGCCCCAAAAGCUGGAGAUCAUCAACUGGAGGAACGCCACUGAGACCCUUCAGUACCAGUUCGAUGUGUUUCAUGGUGAACAGACAACACAGCAGGAGGUGUUUCUGACCUCCGUCAAGCCCAUCCUCCCUCACAUCCUUAAUGGUCAGAACGCCAGUGUCUUUGCCUAUGGACCCACUGGAGCAGGAAAGACCCACACCAUGCUUGGCAGUCAAGAGCAGCCGGGCGUAAUUACCAGAGCUGUGAAGGAGGUCUUCAAACUGGUUAAAGCUCAGGAAAAGGAUCCAGAUGGUUGGGAAUACUCGGUUGGGAUGUCUUACCUCGAGAUCUACAAUGAAAAGGUGCUGGACCUGUUGUCCCCGGGUUCCCAGGACCUGCCCAUCCGUGAAGACAAGGACAGAAACAUCCUCAUUCCCGGGCUAACACACACGCCACUCUCAUCCUUUACCGAUUUUGACACUCAUUUUAUCCCCGCGAGUCUAAACCGCACCACGGCCUCUACUAAACUCAACCAGCGCUCCAGCCGCAGUCACGCUAUCCUCCUCAUAAAGGUAGUGAAGUCUCAGCGUGGGCCGCCACACAGACAGCAAACAGGAAAGCUGUAUUUAGUUGACCUGGCUGGUUCAGAAGACAACCGGCGCACAGGAAACCAGGGCAUCCGUCUGAAAGAGAGUGGAGCCAUCAACCUGUCCCUCUUCACCCUCAGUAAAGUGGUGGACGCUCUGAAUGCGGGGGCCGGGGGCCGCGUGCCCUACAGAGACAGUAAACUCACCCGUCUGCUGCAGGACUCUCUGGGUGGUUCGGCCCAUUCUGUCAUGAUCACAAACAUCGCACCGGAGUACAGAUACUACUUUGACACCUUCUCAGCCCUUAACUUCGCCGCCAAGUCUAAGCAGAUUGUCAAUCGGCCCUUUGUCAGGGAAACCGUUUUGGCUCCUACGAUUGCUCCUGGAAAGAGAGCCAGAGAGGAACAGGAGGCUGGAGGUUCUGGUGAGCCCCAGAACAAAAAGUCUAAAGAAGGAAAGAAAGCUGAACAGUCUCCAUCACCUCCGGUACAUCCACACAGUUCACCAGAUUCAUCGGUUCUGGAAAGACUCCUGGCUCUAGAGAAGAUGAUGAUGGGCUCUGCUGAGAGGGAGAGACUCGACCUGCUCAAAACUGUAGCACAGUCCCGUAAAGAAAUACAGAUGUUGAAGGAGAAACAGAAGGAGCUGGAGGACAAAGCAAACAUGUUAAACAAGCAGAAUGAAACCAUUGAGAAAGAGUCCAAAGAUGCACUUCUCUUUAAGACAGAUCUGCCCCUACUGCACAGAAAACCAUCUACAGCCUCCAAACCACGCAAACAGCAAGCGGUUGUCACGCCGUUACAGGUCUCUCAGGUGCAGCCCUUGCAGCAGUGUGCUGUGGUGUGUAAGCCCUCACAGUUCUUGGAUAAGAAGAAGAAACGUAUCCAAACUGAGGUGGGUCAGGGGAAGGAGAACGGAGGUGUGGAUCGUCCCCCUGCUGAUGAAGUCAACUGGGAGUCCCAUCUGGAUUCAGCAUUACUAGAGCAGUCCAGGAAGAAGAUCCUGCAGACGCUGAACUCCGGCUCUCUGAAGGAUCUCAAGAGCCUGCAGCUGAUCGGAGACAAGAAAGCCAAACUGAUCAUGGGCUGGAGAGAGCUUCAUGGGGACUUCACACAGGUGGAAGACCUGAAGCAAAUCGAAGGCGUUACAGCUAAACGUUUCUCUUCUUUCAUAAAGGCCAAUAUUCUCAGCAGUAUGGGAAAGUGAAGUGUCUGAAGAGGAGCGUUUGAACACUUGUGAUUUUAAGAUGUUUUUACACAUUUUAUGCAUGUAACAUUUUGUACAGGGUUUUUUUGUGUACAAGCCUCUGUGUAUACUUGACUGCUUUUUUCCAUGUCAUUUCUGCAUACUAUUUUUCCUUUUUAGUAUUUCCUUUUUUUUAAUUUUUUUUUAUGAACUGAUCAUUUAUCAUGUGGCACCAAAUAAAUGCCAACAUCACAAAACAAA